AAGCCGUGCGGGGGAGCCGCACAUGAUCAGCCAUGCCUGCUGUCUAAGUCUGUCUGUUGGUUGUUGCUAUGGCUACGGAAAGCCCAUGGAACCCAAUGAGCUGUUUGCAGCAGUGCUCCGAGCACCAGCCAUCUUACUUAUGGGAAACAGUGUGGCAUAUUCUGCUGAGCUUCCCCCUGGAAGAAGCAUUUAUUGAAGAAUCCAUUCAGAGACGAGAGAGGCCAGGGGCAUGCUGGCAUGCGGUUAUUAGAGCCCCGCACGCCUGCGAGCUGCUGUUUGGACGAGCCGUUGACGGCUGCUCUGAUUAGCUGAUUCGAGAACUUGGAAUGCAGAGUGAUAAUGCUGCCUGUCGGCUCUCAGACAGCAGAAAAGGGUUUUGUCUUGGGAAGGCAAGCCUUCCCUGCAAUAUCAUCGCCGCCGUUGCCUGGCUGCUUGCCCUGAAAAGGAGUGACCCAAAAGGAGGGUGUCAGCGUCUGCAAACAGCGGUCCUGUGCCUGGCUGCUGCCUAUGAGCAGCGGGGCUGAAGAAUCAGGUGUGUGCUCGGAUGGGCACGGGCCUGGGAGGCAGGCGGCCGCUCUCGGGUGUACCUGCUUGUGUUAACAGAUUGUUGGCUCCCAGAGCUCUGCCUACCCGCUGAGGCCGAGGCUGAGAAGGUCCCUGUGUAGCCACUGGACGGACAGAGACACUUGGAUUGGACUUAAUCUUAAACCUCUGGAGUUCAAGACCUUUUAAAAAGGGCUAAAUAAACAAUCUCUACAUGUAAAAGGCCACUGACUCCUACUUCCUCUGUUGAGAGCAACUGUUGAACCCCAGCUGCCUGCAGGAAAACUGAAGACUUUAAUAGCAAACCCUCCAAGGUCAAAAUGAAUACAGAUAGCGGUGGGUGUGCUCGCAAACGUGCUGCCAUGUCUGUUACAAUAACAUCUGUGAAGAGAGUUCAGAGUUCUCCAAACCUAUUGACUGCAGGGCGUGAUUCUCAGUCACCAGACUCAGCUUGGAGAUCUUACAAUGAUCGAAAUCAAGAGACACUGAACGGAGAUGCUACAUAUUCCUCUCUUGCAGCAAAAGGUUUUAGAAGCGUUCGACCAAACUUACAAGAAAAAAAGUCACCAACUCAGGCACCCUUUCCACCACCCAGAAAAGAGAGCUCUUGUAGCUCUUUGAUAACCAAUCACCAAAAGUGUGACAUUUUAGACCAAUUAUUAACUAACACACAAACUCCCUCCUGUACAAAGUACUCUACUAACAAAAAACCUCUUGAGGGAACUAUGUAUUCUCAUGACAACUCCAACCAGACAAUUGUAUAUUCAGAAGAAUCUAACACAACUGUGUCGUAUACACAAAAAAUCACUAACCCGCUACCAACAACUGCCAGCACUGGUCCCCUACCAAAUGCUGAUAUCAGCACUCCAUUUCUACAAGAAGACUACACACAAGAUUCUCAGACUCGAAGAAUUUCUACAUUGAAACUAAUCCAUAACCAGGAUCUAGGAAGCAGUGUCCACUUUAAUACUCCACAGUUCUCCCAGUCUGUGGAAGUCCCUUCAUUUCUCAAAAGGCCUUGCUCACCACCCCCUAACCCAGUGCCUGAGAUACACACAGCAUCUCUUUCCAUUCAGAUAAAUCCCGUUUCAGGACAUGAUCCUGAAAGCCACAAACAGCUACCUGAGCUUUCUCCAGAGACUACAAAGAUACCUCUUCAGCAAGAGAGACAAAAAUCUGCAGUUGCUGCGGCCUCCCAGUCCUCAGACUGCCGGGUGCCUGGAAACCAGAACUUAGCUGCCAAUGUGCUGGAGAGCCAGAUAACAGUGAAUGGAAACUCUGGAGGUGCUGUGAGUCCAAUGAGUUACUAUCAAAGGCCGUUUUCCCCUUCAGCUUACUCUCUCCCAGGCUCGCUCAAUUCAAGCAUUAUCAUGCAGCAUGGCCGCUCACUGGACUCCGCAGAGUCGUAUCCCCAGCACGCGCAGUCCCUGGACGGCACGAUGGGCAGCUCCAUCCCACUGUACAGGUCCUCGGAGGAGGAGAAGAGGGUGACGGUCAUCAAAGCCCCGCACUACCCGGGGAUCGGGCCCGUGGAUGAAUCCGGAAUCCCCACAGCAAUUAGAACGACAGUUGACAGACCAAAGGACUGGUACAAGACAAUGUUUAAGCAAAUUCACAAGGUGCACAAACCAGAUGAUGACACAGACAUGUAUAAUACUCCUUAUACAUAUAAUGCAGGCCUGUACAACUCACCCUACAGCGCUCAGUCACAUCCUGCGGCAAAGACCCAGACCUACAGACCCCUCUCCAAAAGUCACUCGGACAAUGGCACUGAUGUCUUUAAGGAUGCCUCCUCCCCUGUCCCUCCCCCACAUGUUCCUCCUCCGGUCCCACCACUUCGGCCAAGAGAUCGAUCUUCAACAGAAAAGCAUGACUGGGAUCCUCCAGAUAGAAAAGUGGACACAAGAAAAUUUCGUUCUGAGCCAAGGAGUAUUUUUGAAUAUGAACCCGGGAAGUCAUCCAUUCUCCAGCAUGAAAGACCAGCCUCCCUGUAUCAAUCCUCUAUAGACAGAAGCCUGGAAAGACCUACUAGUUCUGCGAGCAUGGCCAGUGACUUUAGGAAAAGGAGGAAGAGCGAGCCUGCAGUGGGGCAGCCCAGGGGCUUGGAUCCAAGUGCGAGCAGGACCAGCCCAGGGCGAGCGGACCUCCCGGGACCAGGCGGCCCCGUGACAAAGUCUUUCAUCAGUUCUUCUCCUCCUUCCCCCUCAAGAGCAAAAGGUGGGGAUGAUAUAUGUCCGUCCCUUUACAGUUACUCAGGGCUCAACGGCAACCCCUCCAAUGAGUUAGAUUACUGUAAUGCUUACAGACAGCAUUUGGAUGUCCCUCGUGACUCACAGAGGGCCAUUACUUUCAAGAACGGUUGGCAGAUGGCCCGACAGAAUGCAGAGGUCUGGAGCAGCACUGAGGAAACGGUAUCCCCCAAAAUCAAAUCCCGCAGCUGUGACGAUCUCCUAAACGACGACUGCGAUAGCUUCCCCGACCCCAAGACCAAGUCAGAGAGUAUGGGUUCUCUGUUAUGUGAAGAGGACUCCAAGGACAGCUGCUCUAUAGCGUGGGCCUCCCCCUACAUCCAGGAGGGUCGGAGUAACGGCAGGUCAAGGCUCCGGCACAGGUCAGCCCACAACGCCCCGGGGUUCCUCAAAAUGUACAGGAAAAUGCAUCGCAUUAACCGCAAGGAUUUGAUGGCGUCCGAGGUGAUCUGCUCCGUCAAGUCGAGGAUAAUGCAGUACGAGAAGGAGCAGCAGCACAAGGGCUUGCUGCACGGAUGGAGCCAGUCCUCCACUGAGGAGGUGCCCAGGGACAUGGUCCCCACCCGCAUUUCUGAAUUCGAAAAGCUGAUUCAAAAGUCCAAGUCCAUGCCCAAUUUAGGAGACGAAAUGUUAUCUCCCAUCAGCCUAGAAGCUCAACAAAAUGGUUUAUGUCCCAAGAGGCGAUUUUCCAUUGAGUCUUUGCUGGAGGAAGAAGGUCAGGGCAGACACGCUUCGCAUAUGCAGCGGAGCUACGAGCCCCAAGCCCUGGUACCGAUUCAUAUUGAGGUCACCAGUGACGAGCAGCCCAGAGCGCACGUGGAGUUCUCCGAUAGCGACCAGGACGGUGUCGUGUCUGACCACAGUGAUUACAUUCACGUUGAAGGAUCGUCCUUCUGCAGCGAGAGCGAUUUCGAUCACUUUUCUUUCACAUCCUCUGAAAGCUUCUACGGGUCCAGCCACCAUCACCACCAUCACCACCAUCACCAUCACCGACACCUGAUCAGCUCCUGCAAAGGCAGAUGCCCGGCCUCCUAUACCCGGUUCACCACGAUGCUGAAACACGAAAGAGCCAAACACGAGAACACCGAAGAGCCCAGAAGACAAGAAAUGGACCCUGGGCUCUCUAAGCUUGCAUUUCUGGUCAGUCCCGUGCCUUUCCGGAGGAAAAAAAAUUCGACGCCCAAAAAACAGACUGAAAAGGCAAAAUGUAAAGCUUCUGUAUUUGAGGCUCUGGACUCUGCCCUUAAAGACAUUUGUGACCAGAUUAAAGCCGAAAAGAGGAGGGGAAGUCUGCCAGACAACAGCAUCCUGCACCGUCUCAUCAGUGAGCUUCUGCCGGAUAUCCCCGAAAGGAACUCGUCACUUAGAGCUCUGAGAAGGAGCCCCAUGCACCAGCCUUUCCACCCACUGCCUCAAGACGGUGCUAUGCAUCGUCCGUUGUACCAGAACGAUUGUGGGAGAAUGCCUCACAGUGCCUCUUUCCAAGACGCGGACACCACCACCGCCAACUACCGUCACCAAGACCAUGACAGUGCACGGAGUCUCCAAGACCACGAGUCCCCUAGAAGUUAUGCAUCCACCAUGACUGACCUGGGGAGAAGCGCACCUCGGGAAAGAAGAGGAACUCCGGAAAAAGAGAAAUUGCCUGCAAAAGCUGUUUAUGAUUUUAAAGCUCAGACAUCUAAGGAGCUGUCAUUUAAGAAAGGAGAUACUGUCUACAUCCUCAGGAAAAUAGAUCAAAAUUGGUAUGAGGGAGAGCACCACGGCAGAGUGGGCAUUUUCCCAAUCUCCUACGUCGAGAAACUCAUACCUCCCGAAAAAGCACAGCCUGCAAGACCCCCUCCGCCAGCGCAGCCUGGAGAAAUCGGAGAAGCUUUGGCCAAAUAUAAUUUCAGCGCUGACACAAAUGUGGAGCUAUCGCUGAGAAAGGGAGAUAGAGUUAUUCUUCUUAAAAGAGUUGAUCAAAACUGGUAUGAAGGUAGAAUUCCAGGAACCAGCAGACAAGGCAUCUUCCCUGUUUCCUAUGUAGAAGUUAUCAAGAAGAAUCCAACCGCAGGUGCUGACGAUUACCCUGACCCUCCAAUGCCCCACAGCUACUCUAGUGAUAGAAUCCACAGCUUAAGUUCCAAUAAGUUGGCUUCCAGGGAACCGGCCCCUGCUCCCAUGCACAAAGCUUCACCUGGCUCAGAUAAAACAGCCCCUGGGUGGCUGUCCCUGACAGCCACGUGUCCACCGGCAAAUCCUUUGACCCCAACGCCACCUCCUUUUCUGGACAGCUUCUUGGAUGAAUUAGAGAAGCUUGGUGUUUUCACCUUAUCAGCUGACCAAGCCAAACCAAGUAUCCUAGAGGAGAUCCUUGAAAUUAAGGAGGAGCCCUCAGUACUCCUCCCGCUGCCUCCAGCUUCUGGACCUGCCAAGCCAGCUUCCUCUCUGCUACCUGUCCCCGGCUCAGGGGUGACCUUGGCUGCACUCCAGCCUUAUGAGGCCAAACCAUUGCAGGAUUCCAGAAAGACAACUCAGAACAAGUUUGCCAAUCUGACAAAAAUGGGAAAGGGCUUUGGAGACCCUGAGAAAGUACGUAAAGUUCUAGGUGAUAAGUUUGUGGCCUCUGCACACACGAAUUUGGGUCCCUUGCCCCAAUGUCUCCCUGUCAUUGGAGAGGAAGAUGAGGAUAUCUGUGAGGGGUUUAUGUCAGGCAUCCAAGGAGGGCCAGAAUCUCAGGAACCAGGGGCCCUGUGGUGUGCCCAUGAUGGCCCAGAGGCCACACCAAGCCUGCACAUUGAAGAGGAGGAAGAGGAGAGGAAACCCGCCUGCUUAAAAUAUCCUGUAGCCACCCCCACAGAUCCUAGGACCCCUAAGGAAGACAGCAAUGCAGCGAAGACCAGUAAUGAGCUGCCUUCACUUUCUCCGGGAGAUGGAAAGUCUACACCCUUUCCCACCUGUCUCCUUCCCUCCCUUCCUGUUCAUUCUCCCUCCACCUCUGUCUCUGACUUGAACUCCACAUUUUCUCAGACUCCCCAGCCCUACUCCCCUCCCCUCCUCCCCAAAUACCCUUACCAACAGGAGAUAAAUUCACCAAAACUAAAGGCUGACUUAAAAAGUGAGAUAUUUGUCUUGGGUAAGCCUCCGCGUAGCCCAGUGAUGUCUAGGAGAUCCUGCGGCUCGCCUGUCAGAGGGCUCAGCAGUUCCCACAGGCCACAGCGUCCUGUGUUUACUCAUGAAAACAUUCAAGGUGGGGGGGAACCGUUUCAGGCUCUGUAUAACUAUACUCCUAGGAAUGAAGAUGAGCUGGAGCUCAGAGAAAGUGACGUCAUUGAUGUGAUGGAGAAGUGUGACGAUGGAUGGUUUGUGGGAACCUCAAGAAGAACCAAAUUCUUUGGUACUUUUCCCGGAAACUAUGUCAAGAGGCUGUGAUUCUCUGUCUCCCUACAUUUCAAGUCCCAUUUCAGCACCACAUCUGCAGACCCUUGCCUGAAAGAGCCCCCUCAGCGCCGCCCACCCCCACUGUCCUGCCUUCUGGUCUCCUCUAGAAGUCCCCCAGCCCUCCCCACCUCUACCUGCCGCCAAACCACCAGCAAAGGGACUGCCGCUGUCCAGCCCUGGGGAGGCUGGGGGCUUGCUUCUGCGUGAACGUGCGUAGUCCUGAUUUCUGCUCUAAAGUUGGAAAAGUCGCUAUGCGAGAUCAGAGAGAAGAUCGUUAGAGUUAGAAAGGGAGAAGUAUUUGAGGCAAAAAAAAAAAAAAAAGAAAGAAAGAAAUAUCUGAAGAAUCUCUCUAGUCCACUUUGAAAGGCAUUCUCCCCUCAGGCAACCAGAGAUUGUUUAUUCCUAAAUGCUGUGGUUUGUGUUUUCACAUUCUUAGCUUGGCAGUGUAUUUUCCUUUCACGAGUUUGCCUAGUGUCCUGGUUUACACGACAUGAGAAACUGUCCUUCGGCUAUUGUUUGCCUGCACUUAAAAUUGUAAAACGCACAGUGAUUACAAAACCUAAAGCAAGCGUAGGAAAGUUAAUUCGGAUGAGUGUGAUUUUAUUGACUGAAUGUGAGUUUUCAAAUAGGAGUCUUUUCCUGCAGGGUUUUUUUUUUCUGUACUUUUUAGAAGUGCAAACCGUAAGUGAAUAAGAGCCUUUGGUAAUAAUCAUGAGACUAUAAGAGGUUUAGCUAGACUACAAAAAAAAAAAAAAAAACAACAAAAAACAAAAACCUAUUGUGUUGUAAAGUUGCAUUGCUAUUUUAUAUUAAAAUGUAAUAAUCAGCAUCAUGAACAAUGAGCUCUUAGUGUUUUAUUUAUCUGGUAAAAUUUUAAUAAAAGCAGUGUUAGUGAGAGGUGCAAAGAAUUAUUCUAACGUAGACACUUGAAAGUAUCUGUAAGCAAUAUUCAUAGGUAAGUUUUCACUGUGUGCGCACAUACACAUUUGAGAUUGUACGAGAACAGACAAUCCGUAUGGUGUGUUGUGCAUUUUAUGGAAAUGUAAAGGAAUCCCACAUGUUAUUUUAUAGAAAUAGAGUACUUCAGAAGCAUCACAAGUAUUAUGGCUGGUUUUAGCAAGGAUUACGAUCAAUACAAUUAUUUUUACUACGAUAGUUAUUUUUCUUCUAUGGAACUCAGAAUCCUGGCAACAUUUGAGGACAGGAAUAUGUUGAGCCUGAUUUUCCUGGUGUGUGUGAAAUAGUUCCUCAGAAUCCAUGAGGCACUUUCGGAAGCAAUGAUAAAUCCUUCAGGUUAUGUUUUCUGCCCUGAAGUAGAAAUUUACAAAAUGGCUUUGGGACCUGAAAGAUUUAAUGUGGCUAACAGUGCCUGAACUACACAUACCUUGAGAACUAGCUUUGUAUUUCUUAUGACUUUGCAUAAGAACUAUUCAUAUCUGGAUCUUGAGCACCUUAUAGAUUAAACAUUUUAUGGCAUUUCUUCUGUGGACAGUGAUUGAUCUUUUCACAAUGUAUGUAGACUCCAGAAUUUUGUACAUACGUUUGCUCCUUUUUUUGUACAGACUAUUUAGUUGUCGAGAAAAAUGGAAAUUUACUAAUUUGGUCUUUAUCUUUCACUUUAAACUAAGCUAAAACACUUUCUGACAGAUUAUCCUUUACAUAUCCCACAGAUCACAAGCACGCCUUGAUUGUGCAAUUCUGUAAGAUAGAAUUUAUGCAAAAUUAUGAACUUAAAAGAUCUUAGCAACCAAACUGAAAUGUACUGAUUACAGAGGAGUUUCAUUCGUUAGAAGGUAAAGAAACAUCUUUGAGUAGCCUACCUUGAUAACUGUCAAGUUUGCAACCAGCUUUAUAUCUUAAAGGCUUUGGGUUUGAAAUUAAGUCAACUGCAUGCAGCUUUGCUGAUAAAUGAGUAAUUAUCCUUGAUGCCAUUUAUGAAAAAAGAUUUCAAUAUCUGUUGCCUGUCAUAUUUAAGAAAAAUUACUGUUUCUACUCUCUGUAUCUGAUUUUAAAAGAAAAAAAAAUGUUCAUACCUGGCUUUCAGGUAAUUGACUUUGAAUUCUUACAAGCGAAGGUCAUUGUGUUUUUCUUGAAUAGACACCUAAUAAAUUUUGCUUGGAAGUAUA